AUGGAACCCGCAGAUUUCGAUGCAUUCCUUAGAUGGGGCGAAGAUUGCGAUGAGUUCCCCGAUCUCCAGUAUACCUUAGGCAGCGACGAAACAUUUUCGUGGGACCAAAUUUUGGAUGAGUACCUAGACCCAUUCGAGUACCUGGAGCCAUUCCCACUUGGAGUACUCGCCCCAAUCGAAGAGAAAGUGGAAGCCAUUGAUGCACUCCCCGAGCUAUCACCCAGUCCGACACAACAAUACGAUGUUCAAACGUUAAGCGAAUCAAUCACUGAGCUUAAAGACCGUCUCAAUGGGUUAGAAGACCGGUAUGGUACUGCUCCUCUCACAGUUGGAAUCCAGGACCUAACAGUAUUAGAAUUACGGAGAAGCAAAAGUAGAAGGAUCGCCGACUUGGAGGCUUAUGUCGAAAGCCUUCAGCCAUUCCUCUUGCAACUUGGCACGUCUAUCGAAGGACUCCUGACAGAGGUCCCAAAGUAA